AUGGUUGCCCUUAAAUUCCUAACAUGUACUAGCAAAGAGGGUUUGAAAGGCAUCGAAUCUUUGAAAAAAGAAUAUGAAUUGCUUCAGAAAUUCAGCUAAUCUGAUUUUUUGGUAAAUGUCUACAAUUGCUUCUAUCUAAUGGAACAAGACGUAGAAGAGGAUAAAUAUGGUAAUGAAAAGUUGAUUGUAACAGAAGAGAAGUCCUUUUUUGUGAUGGAAAUGGAGCUUUGCGAACAAAAUCUUAAACAGCUUUUCGAUUAUUUAAGAAAGACAUAACUACCCUCUUAAGAAAUAAAGGAAAUAAUAGCUAUUCAAAUGUUAGAAGGAUUAAAUACCCUUCAUAUCAAAAAUAUCAUGCACAGAAACAUCAAGCCUCAUAAUUUCCUAGUUUGUCCUUCUCAAACUUAUGGAUUUAGCAUUAAAAUCUGUGAUUUGGGAUUUGCAUCUACUGUAACAAAAUCGAAAAGCCAUUACCAAUCAAAGAAUGGAACUGAUACUUUCUUUGCUCCAGAGAUAGAAAAAGGAUAAUCCAGAAUUCAGUCGGACCUGUUUUCUUUAGGACUAGUUUUACUUGAAUUAGAUAAUCUAAAUGUACUAAAUGAAAAUUGGAUUGACUUUGAUAUAAAAGAAGAGAUUUAUUAAGGAAAAGGAAUAGCUUCGAAAUAUUAGAUUGAUAGAAAUUCUAAUAUUUAUAAAAUAGCUAAGAUUUGCUUAAAACCAAAUUAUUUAGAAAGGAAAACUUCAGGAGACCUACUUUUUGAGCUAAUUAAACUUCAUGGAAAACCACUGAAAUUCACACUAUCUACUAUGAUAUUAGAACAAACUUAAUUUGAGAAGGAUGCACAGAUCUUACUUGAUAAUACAGAUUCAAGAAUAAAGAGAAAAGAUGCUAGUAAACAAUUUACAAAAGUAGAAACACUAUCCAAGCUAUUAAAAAGUCUAUAUGAAAAUAAGAAAUAUGUAAAUAAUUUCCAAAUUCUUAAUUUUGGAAGCUUUGGUAUGGUAUUAUCUACUAAAAAAGUUGAGUUCAACAACAAGGAAAUAGUAUUAAAAAUACAAAAGAUUGUUGAUGAAUAAGAAAUUAAAAAUGAAAUUAGAAUAAUGUAAUAAUUAAAAACACCUUUAGUUGUCUAGCUAUAUGACAAUUAUAUCAUAGAAAAAGCUACAGCACCUGAAAAAUAUGUAGUUUUCGAAUUAGAAAAGUGUUCAUGUACACUUUAGGAAUAUCUAGAAAGAUAAGGGAAAGAAGGAGAGUUUAGUGAUGAAGAAAAAUUGAAUAUUGCAAUCCAAGUAAUUGACUCUGUCAAUUAUAUUCAUUGUUUCAAUAUUAUUCAUAGAGAUAUUAAACCUGACAAUGUUUUGGUUUGUUUAGAUGGCAAUCAACUUGAAGUCAAACUGUGCGAUUUUGGAUUAUCAACUUAACUUGAAAAAAAUUGUGAAUAGAUUGAAAUUUUAGAUUGGGUAGGAAAUUGGGCUUACAUGGCACCUGAAAUUUUAACUAAAAUUGAAGAUAAUUAAUAUAAGAUAUAUUCUAAAAAAUCGGAUUCUUAUUCAGUUGGUUUACUAUUAUCUUUGCUUGACAAUUACUUAAUUUUGAAAGAAAAUACAGGAUCUACUUUCAUUAUGAUGACUUCAAAUUAAUAUGAUGAGCCUUUCAAAGACAUAAAUAUUAAGCGAGACACUGAAAUAUUUAAAUUUAUUCAACUAUUAGUUGUCUGGGAAAGAGACAAAAGAACUUCUCUUUCUGUUAUUGUUGAAUAGAAUUCUGAAAAAUUCAAAACAAACUAAAAUGAUAUGAAAUAAAUUAUAUCAUAGCAUUAUUUAGGUCCUAUAUAAAAUGUUGAGACUGUAAACAUAGGAUCUUUAGGAACAUUGGUUUCUAAAAAUUAGAUUCCAAUUUAAAAAAUCAAAUAAAUAAAGAUAAAUCGUAUGAAGGAUUUGUAUAAAAUUACAAAAUUUCAAGUUAUCGAAAUAGUUUUAAGUUGGAAUAAUAUUGAUGCAAAGAGUGCAAAUGAUUUAGGCAGAGGAAUAGCAUAGUGCAAAAAUAUCAUAACUUUGAAGCUUGACUUAAGUUUUAAUAAAAUUGGUGCAGAGGGUGCAAAAGAUUUAGGGACAGGAAUAGCCUAGUGCAAGAAUAUCACAACUUUGAAGAUUGACUUAAGUGGUAAUAAUAUUGGUGAAAAGGGUGUAAAAGAUUUAUGCACAGGAAUAGCCUAGUGCAACAAUAUCACAACUUUGACGCUUCACUUAAAUGGGAAUAAUAUUGGUGCAGAUGGUGCAAAAGAUUUAGGCACAGGAAUAGCAUAGCUCAAGAAUAUCACAACUUUGAAGCUUGACUUAAGUUGGAAUAAUAUUGGUGAAGAGGGUGCAAAAGAUUUAGGCAUAGGAAUAGCCUAGUGUAAGAAUAUAAGAACUUUGACACUUCACUUGAGUUUAAAUAAAAUUGGUUCAGAGGGUGCAAAAGAUUUAGGCACAGGAAUAGCCUAGUGCAAUAAUAUCACAACUUUGAUGCUUGACUUAAGGUAAAAAUUAAAUUGA